ACAUGUGUUUGCGGGAAGCUUGUUAUUAGCUGAGCAGCUAACACCGCAAACCUGCAGUCUUUCUCUAGUUUCACCUCUAAACCAGACCACAGACAGCACUAACCCGCACAUAUGGACGUCGGAGAGCUUCUCAACUAUCAGCCUGACAGAGGAGCAAAGCGUCCCAGAGAGGAAGAUGGAGGAGCAGGCGGAGGAGAGGACGACUCCCGAGGAGGGAAACAGCAGAAAGGGCUGAGCGCCCGCGAGCAGGCCAGAUACCGGGAAGCGGCAGCGGGGUUAGAAGGUGCUGAGAUGGACGAGGGGACGGGGGACAGGAAGAAGGUCCUGGAGAAGCUGAUGGACCAGGAUGAAGAAGAACCAGAGGCAGAGCCGGUCGAUGAGAGCUCAGUGAAGAAAAUGAUCCUGACCUUUGAGAAAAGGUCGUACAAAAACCAGGAACUGAGGAUAAAAUUUCCGGACAAUCCAGAGAAGUUCAUGGAGUCGGAGCUGGAUCUGAACGACAUCAUUCAGGAAAUGCACGUGAUCGCCACCAUGCCGGACCUCUACCAUCUGCUGGUGGAGCUGAACGCCGUCCACUCGCUGCUGGGCCUCCUCAGUCACGAAAACACUGAUGUUGCCAUCGCCGUGGUGGACCUGCUGCAGGAGCUGACGGAUAUCGACACUCUCCACGAGAGCGAGGAAGGAGCAGAGGUGCUCAUAGACGCUCUGUUGGAGGGUCAGGUGGUGGCUCUGCUGGUGCAGAAUAUGGAGCGGCUGGAUGAACAGGUGAAGGAAGAAGCCGAUGGGAUCUAUAAUACGCUGGCCAUCAUAGAAAACAUGGCGGAGUUCAGACCGGGCCUCUGCACCGAGGCGGCCCAGCAGGGACUCAUGCAGUGGCUGCUCAAGAGAAUCAAGGCGAAGAUGCCGUUUGAUGCUAACAAGCUGUACUGCAGUGAAAUCCUGGCCAUCCUGCUGCAAAACAAUGACAACACCAGAGAGCUUCUCGGCGAGAUGGAUGGCAUUGAUGUGUUACUGCAGCAACUAUCUGUGUUCAAACGUCACAACCCGGCCACGCCAGAGGAGCAGGAGAUGAUGGAGAACCUGUUCGAUGGUCUGUGCUCCUGCCUCAUGCUGCCCACCAACCGGGACCGCUUCCUCCGAGGAGAAGGGCUGCAGCUCAUGAACCUCAUGCUGAGAGAAAAGAAGAUGUCUCGGACCAGUGCUCUGAAGGUUCUGGACCACGGCAUGAUCGGACCAGAAGGAGGAGAUAACUGCCAUAAGUUUGUGGACAUCCUGGGCUUGCGGACCAUUUUCCCCCUUUUCAUGAAAACUCCCAAGAAGAUGAAGAAAACGGGGACUUCAGAAAAAGAGCAUGAAGAACACGUCUGCUCCAUCAUCGCCUCCAUGCUGAGAAACCUGAAGUCCCAGCAGAGGAGCCGGCUCCUCAACAAGUUCACAGAGAACGACUGCGAGAAGGUUGAUCGACUGAUGGAGUUGCAUUUUAAGUACCUGGAGGCUGUUCAACAGGCCGACAAGAGGAUCGAAGGGGAGAAACAUGAAAUGGUCCGUCGAGGAGAGAUCCUGGACGACAGCAUGGAAGACGAGUUCUACCUGCGCCGCCUGGAUGCCGGACUCUUCGUACUGCAGCUCAUCUGCUACAUCAUGGUGGAGAUCAGCAACUCGGGGAUCUCACAGCUGCAGCAGAGAGUUCAUCAAAUCCUCAACCUGAGAGGAGGUUCUGUCAAAGUGGUGCGCCACAUCAUGAGAGAGUACGCCGAGAGCAUCGGAGACGGGAAGAGCGAGGAGUUCAAGGACGCCGAGCGGAAGCGGAUCAUGGACCUCAUGGACAACUUCUAAUCUUGACUUUUGUCUUCGACUCAAACACAAACCGUAUGCUUGUUUUCACGGGACUGGCGCUUCACAGCACAAACUUGUCAGCUGGAUGUGCUGUUUAUGACUUAUUUUUAUUUUUUUAAACAAACACUUUGUGAAACUUUGACAUGCAGCAGUGUGGAAAGUACAAAAAUUAAUUUCAUCCCAGUGGCUAAUUAAUAGUUUGAAGCUUUAAUUAAUUCAAUGUUACACGUCUGACAGUGUGUGUGCGUGCGUGUGCAUGUGUGUGUCAGAGGAAGAAGGUCGAGGAGCUGUGUGCCACACUGCAGGAUUAUUAUGGAUUAUCAGACUCCCUUUGCUUUUCACCUGUUUAGGAUUUUGGUGUAAGAUAUUUUCUAAUUAAACCUUUGGUA